AUGGGACAUCUAAACCAGAGUGAUGAUUUAGGCGGGGAGAAAAUCUUGUUGGAAAAGAAACCCCAAAUUCAAAAUGACCUCAAAAACUUCACACCAAACCCCCGCCCCAGGCCACUCACUCCACCACUUCCGGACAAUAAACAUUCCAAACCUCAAAUCCCGCCAACCAGUCAUCGAUGGCGAUUAUCACUUUCAAAACUUUCAAAACGACACGAGCAACAAUCUACCUUCCAACAAGUCCAGUCUCCUCUAUUUGAGUGUUUACCCACUGAAGUCCGACUUCUGAUUUGGGAGCAUUAUCUCUGUAGCCGUAUGCUUCAUAUUGUUCGACCAAACCAGCACAAAUGGAAACGACACCAGAACCAAAUUCUCGGGAUGCUAUGCAACGAACCUCGCAAUCUCUGUCCAUGCAGUCAUCACUGCUGGGGACCGCUUGCUCGUCGGCCUGUGGAUAACUGCACUACACAUAUAAACCAUGGCUCAUAUUACCACGAGAACUCUAAGUGGAGAUUUGAUACGAGAAGAGUCAAUUUUGUACCGCUUUUACAAACGUGUCGAAGAGUUGUGACCAGAUACUGGGAGGCCAUUGAUAUGAUCUUUCAAAAGAACACUUUCCUCUUUAAUCACACAGAUACAAUCGUUGAUUUUUCGCAUACACUUCUACCACAUCGCAUGAGUCUGAUUCGUACUUUGCAGCUCAGUUUUCCGGAUCCUGGUGGUCCGCGUUGGAAUAGAUGUUGUCAGGUUCUUGCUACAAAGUUGCCUGGUCUGAAGACCUUGACCAUCCAUUUGUAUCCUCACAUCACAAAUCGUCUGGAUGAUUGGCUUAUACCACUUCAUCAGAUUCAACAACCUACAGUCUUCGAGGUCCUGCUGAUCAAGCCAUGGCAUCUGGAUCCGCAAUGGGAAGAAUCAAUUGGGCUUGUUGAUGCGCCUUUUCAAUUUUCCAUUGUUGAUGUGCAGAGACGGGGAUAUUGA